AUGGAAUAUUGGUCUGAAAUUACAAAUGAGACCUUGGAGAAUGCCAGAAAGUAUAAGAAAUAGGAGUAGGAAAGACAGCAUCUCUGUAUAAACGAUAGCUUGAUCGAUUCGGAAGCGUAGGAAUAGUAUGAGAAAUGUUCUGAAUCCCUCUUCCGUAAUUGGUAAGUGUUUAUGCUGAAAUUGGAAUGGGAGAGACAUAAACUGCAAGAUUGCCUGACUGUUGCAAAAAAAGCCAAUAUAAAAGCGGAUUAAGAGAUAAAGAAAAUGUGUUGCGGGAGUAUCAAAUAAAAUUUACAGGGUUAUUUUGAUUAAUUAUAGAGAGC